GUUCCCCGCUCUCCUUCCGGGUGGCGGGGCGGAGCCUCGCCCCGACCCCGCCCCGCCGGGCCGGCCCCGCGCCCGUCCUGCCCCGCCGCGCCGCCUCGCCCAAGGUCGAUCAGUGCCGCGGCGGGGCCGGCGCCGGCGGCACAGGCGCAGGCUGCUGUAGGGAUUCUGUAGGUGGCAAGGAGUCUGCUGUGAGGUCUGGGUGACAUGGCGAGCCUUCUGCGUAUUGCCGUUAGCGGGUGCUCAACUCCCAUCUUUGGCAAUGUGUUAUCACCUAAGGUGCAUUCUGCGAAGAUGCCAUGUUUCCGAAUGUUUCGAACCCAUCAAGUUCUGUGGUCUGAAGCCCCUUUGAAGCCAGGAAUUCCUUAUAAACAGCUGACUGUAGGUGUCCCCAAGGAGAUAUUUCAAAAUGAGAAGAGGGUGGCUUUAUCACCGGCUGGAGUUCAAGCCUUGGUCAAGCAAGGCUUCAAUGUUGUGGUGGAAUCUGGUGCUGGAGAAGCUUCCAAAUUUUCUGAUGACCAUUACAGAGAAGUAGGAGCAAAGAUCCAGGGGACCAAGGAAGUACUGACUUCAGAUUUAGUUGUCAAAGUGAGGGCUCCGAUAUAUAACCCUGCACUAGGUGUACAUGAGGCAGAUCUUUUUAAGACAGCUGCUACCCUGAUUAGUUUUAUCUAUCCAGCUCAAAAUCCAGACCUCCUGAAUAAACUUGCAGAAAAAAAAACUACGGUCUUAGCCAUGGAUCAGGUUCCACGGGUCACCAUUGCUCAGGGAUAUGAUGCACUUAGCUCCAUGGCCAACAUUGCUGGUUACAAGGCUGUUGUAUUGGCAGCAAAUCACUUUGGUCGAUUUUUCACGGGUCAGAUCACAGCUGCUGGUAAAGUUCCUCCAGCCAAGGUCUUGAUCAUUGGAGGAGGAGUUGCUGGCCUGGCUUCUGCAGGAGCAGCUAAAUCGAUGGGAGCAGUGGUUCGUGGAUUUGAUACUAGGGCUGCAGCUCUGGAACAGUUCAAGUCUCUUGGUGCUGAGCCUUUGGAAGUAGACUUAAAGGAAUCGGGAGAGGGACAAGGUGGUUAUGCUAAAGAAAUGUCUAAAGAAUUUAUCGAAGCUGAAAUGAAACUCUUUGCUAAACAGUGCCAAGAUGUUGAUAUCAUCAUCACUACAGCACUUAUUCCAGGUAAAAAAGCUCCCGUCUUGUUUAGGAAAGAUAUGAUUGAAUCAAUGAAGGAAGGUUCAGUUGUUGUGGAUUUAGCUGCAGAAGCAGGAGGAAAUAUUGAAACUACAAAGCCUGGAGAAUUGUAUGUUCAUAAGGGUGUUACACACAUUGGCUACACAGACCUGCCUAGCAGAAUGGCUACCCAGGCCAGUACUCUAUAUUCCAAUAAUAUUAUCAAACUCUUAAAGGCUAUUAGUCCUGACAAAGAGAACUUCUACUUUGAUCCAAAAGAUGAAUUUGAUUAUGGCACUCUGGAUCAUGUUAUUAGGGGAACUGUAGUAAUGAAGGAUGGCAAGGUGAUUUUCCCAGCACCUCCACCAAAUAACAUUCCUCAAGGAGCCCCUGUGAAGCAGAAGACUGUAGCAGAGCUGGAAGCAGAAAAAGCAGCUACUAUUACACCUUUUAGAAAGACUAUGACUAGUGCAUCUGUAUAUACAGCAGGUUUAGCUAGCAUGUUAGGACUGGGCAUUUUAGCUCCAAAUGCUGCUUUCACACAAAUGGUGACGACGUUUGGCCUAGCUGGAAUAGUGGGGUACCAUACAGUUUGGGGCGUGACUCCUGCUCUUCACUCUCCACUUAUGUCAGUGACUAAUGCUAUUUCAGGACUAACUGCAGUUGGUGGGCUGGUAUUGAUGGGAGGACACUAUAUACCUGAAAAUGCUCCUCAAAGUCUGGCGGUGCUUUCUGCCUUUAUCUCGUCAGUCAAUAUUGCAGGUGGGUUUCUAGUUACGCAGAGAAUGCUGGAUAUGUUCAAACGUCCCACAGAUCCUCCUGAGUACAACUACUUGUACCUGCUUCCUGGUGGUGUAUUUGUAGGAGGCUAUGCAGCUGCUCUCAGUGGUGGCUAUAAUAUUGAACAGAUGGUGUAUCUGGCCUCAGGCUUAUGCUGUGUUGGUGCCCUGGCUGGUCUGUCCACCCAAGGAACUGCUCGUCUUGGCAAUGCUUUGGGUAUGAUAGGUGUUGCUGGAGGUAUAGCAGCAACUCUUGGAGGCCUUAAACCAUCACCUGAGUUGUUGGCUCAGAUGUCAGGUGCAAUGGCACUUGGUGGUACCAUAGGUUUGACAAUUGCUAAACGCAUCCAAAUUUCAGAUUUGCCUCAGCUAGUUGCUGCUUUCCAUAGUUUGGUGGGUUUGGCUGCUGUUCUCACCUGUGUUGCAGAAUACAUGAUUGAGUAUCCUCACUUUGCUACUGAUCCAGCUGCAAACCUCACCAAGAUUGUAGCAUACCUUGGAACAUACAUUGGUGGAGUCACUUUCAGUGGCUCUCUUGUUGCUUAUGGAAAACUGCAAGGUAUCUUGAAUUCUGCACCACUGCUCUUGCCUGGUCGACAUGCAUUGAAUGCAGGGUUGCUGGCUGCCAGCAUUGGCGGAAUGGUUCCAUACAUGAUUGAUCCUAGUUACACUACGGGAAUUACUUGUUUAGGUUCUGUGUCAGCACUCUCAGCCAUAAUGGGUGUCACUUUAACAGCAGCUAUUGGAGGUGCUGACAUGCCUGUAGUUAUUACUGUCCUGAACAGUUAUUCUGGAUGGGCUUUGUGUGCUGAGGGCUUCCUACUGAACAACAACUUGUUGACCGUCGUCGGUGCACUCAUUGGCUCCUCUGGGGCCAUCCUCUCUUACAUCAUGUGUGUGGCUAUGAACCGUUCCCUUGCAAAUGUGAUUCUAGGAGGCUAUGGCACCACGUCAACAGCUGGUGGGAAGCCCAUGGAAAUUACUGGAACCCACACAGAAAUCAAUUUGGACAAUGCAGUUGAAAUGAUGAAGGAAGCCAGUAGCAUUAUUAUUACCCCGGGUUAUGGUCUGUGUGCAGCAAAAGCUCAGUACCCCAUAGCAGAUCUAGUGAAGAUGUUGAGAGAGCAAGGGAAAAAUGUCAGGUUUGGUAUUCAUCCUGUGGCUGGCCGUAUGCCUGGUCAGCUGAAUGUACUCCUGGCAGAAGCUGGUGUUCCCUAUGAUAUUGUUUUGGAAAUGGACGAGAUUAAUGAAGACUUCCCAGAAACUGACUUGGUGCUUGUAAUUGGUGCGAAUGAUACAGUUAAUUCAGCAGCUCAGGAAGAUCCAAACUCAAUCAUAGCUGGAAUGCCAGUUCUUGAAGUGUGGAAGUCCAAACAGGUCAUUGUAAUGAAGAGAACUCUGGGAGUUGGUUAUGCAGCUGUGGACAAUCCAAUCUUCUACAAACCCAAUACUGCCAUGUUGUUGGGAGAUGCUAAGAAGACUUGUGAUGCCCUGCAGGCCAAAGUCAGGGAGUCGUAUCGAAGCUAAAUACUGAUUUAUAUUCAACUCGCUCAUGGUUGUGGCUAUGCUUUUGUCAUAGAGGUCAUGGAAAUCAAGAGUUAGAAGAAUCUCUUACUGUCAUAGUGCAGCUUGCAUUCAGAGAAGACUGCAUUGACUCCUAGGAGAUGUAGUUCAGUUAGGGGUAUAUCCUUUUACGAAAGGAUGGGGACACUAGCCCUUCAGACUACAUCUCCCCAUGAGGCAAUGUGUUGAAGUAUAAAUGUCCUUUCUAAGUUUAGUAAUGAGCUGUUGGAAGCAGGAAGCAAAUACUCUGUCAUCUUUACGUGGCUAUUGGCUUCCUCCCUCUAACUGUCUGUACUUCUGUUAUGGAAAUUCACUAAAAAUUGUUGUGCUAAAAUUGUAUUCCAUCUGAUCAUCAAAGCUAUUCUUUGGCCAGUAUGAACAAAAAUAAGUAUUUCAUCAAAAUAUAAGACAGUUGCAAACAUGCCUAUAUGAUUUGAGAGCCUCGACGUAAUAUUCUAUUAAAUCUGUAUAUAAAAAUUAGAACUGUUCCUUUUUUGGGUUCUGUGGAUGCUGUGAAUCGGGAAUAUUUGAGGGAAGUUAUUUUUCUUUGAAUUACAGUUCCACUUUUUUCAUGGUGUCUGCUUACAUUAUGUAAAACGAAACACAGGAUUUCAGGGACCUACCAAGUGAUCUUUAAGCCUGACAAGGAAAUGUACACCUGCACUGCUUAACUAUUUUCAGCAGCUGCUGAAUUCCCUCUCUUUUCCAGUUGUUGCCUUUUUAAGUGUUCUGAAAAAUAUAUGGUCCAGUUCUGCACAGGCGGAACAUCUUGCAUACCUGAUCUGUUCACAGAAUUUGGACCACAGUGUUUCAGUUUUCAUUCAUUUUGACUUUUAACUGUAUUUGCUACUUUAAAAUGUAGUCAUGCUUUCUUAAUCAAAGUUAUUGUGAUGCUGGAAAAGGCACUUUUUAACAUAUUUAAGAUGCUGGAGUUUAUUAGAAUUUUUCUAAAUAAAUAAGCUAUUGUUUGGACAGCACAGAAAUAUACCAAGCUUAAAAUCCAGUGUUUUGAUUAUUUGACUUCUCCCUAAUCUAAUUAAAAGUACUGUUUAAAUCCCCAUAAUAAGUACAGCAAAGAAGUAAAUCAAAUUAUGACAUAGAUUGCUGUUUUGUUUUUACUAUGUUAAGUGUACUUGAGUGGAACUCAAAUAUUUUCCUAAUAAAAUGAAUUUAUCAUGUUUGCAUAAUGAUGUAGCAACUGUACGUGGUGACAAAGGCUAAAUACAAAUAGCUGUACUUGUGUUAGAAAGCAUUAAUAUCUGUGGAAGACAAACUACUAUGAAGUAAGUCUUGAAAUUAAAACAUUUUGAUUGAUAGAACAAAAUUUUUUUUACAGAAUGUAUGAAGACCUCAUAUAAAAUAUAAUAACAUAUGAGAAAUGUUUUCCACUUAGCUACCUCUGUUUUUAUGUGAAGAUCACUUAAAACCAAGACUUUGAACAGGUAGUGUGUUAAAUGUAACAAUGUAUGAAAGAAGCUACCCUUUUCAGAAAUCUCUUCUAUAAUUUGAAAAUAAAAAUUAGCACAUAAGCUGUAGUAUGUUGUACACUGCAUGAAAAUACUUGCAAUUAAAUUUUAGUUUAAAACAUUGCAGCAGCUAUGCUUGAAUGUUAUGGCCUCCUAAUUUCAUUGUAUUCUACUUUUCUUUUAGGUCUGCCAAAAAUAGGGGAAUGGGAGAAGGGGGAGGACUAGAAAAUGAUCCUAUAUUUACCUCCAUCCCUCCCUCCUCUCCUCCCUCCCAAUUAAGCAAAAAACAAAUUUGAAGGGAUUUAAUAUCCUGGAGCAUUUUUGUCUUUUCAGACUUUUAAGUAUCUAACUGCAGUAUGCAACAUAUCUCUGCUUAUAUGUAGCUACCUUAAGACAACUUUUUUAAAGGGUAUGGGGAGCUUUUUUCCUUUUUGAAACAAAACAUAAAGCUAUGUAAUGAAUCAGAGGUACCAGUGUUAUCUUUAAAACUAUGCUUUACAGUGGAACACCAGGUAAUUGUUGAAGUGCUAAUAAAAAGUUGGUUAUUUUUCUGUAUUGA